AUGAGCUCUUGGAGCCACCAUGCGGGGAGCGCUGGACUCGAUGCUGGUUUGGACUCAGACUCGGAUAGAGAAGGGAGUCGGCCCUUGCGGUUGAGUCGUGGAUCGCUCAGCUCAAACCGUUCAUUGAUUGCUCAGGAGUAUACGCAUCAGCACUCAGGCGAGAGCGGGCCCAACAAACAGAUACAAUCGGUCCGCCCCACGCUGAACCGGAGAAGCAUCCUAUCCCCGAAUCGUGACAUCUCUCGCUCGUCGACUUUGGCCACCGGCAGAACAAACGAAAACACUUCCGGUACUCGAUGUCCCACCGCCGCGCCCGGGUCCGCUUCCUCGUCCGGUGGCUCCCAGACGUCGACCCAUCAGUCUUCGGCUAUCGAAGACAUGCUCCUCUCACGAGGUUUACCCUUGGAAGACGCGCAACGCAUUGCCCUGCUCUUCUCGUCGCUGGGCGUCAUCGACAAGACGUACUUGCGCGUGUUCGCGCGCCUUACGACGUCUCGGGAAUCAUGGCUGUCCGAGAUGCGCCAGAACGGGCAGUUGAGCGAGAUUCAGGCGUGGGUAGUCGUCGAUAUAUUGAACACUGCCAUCGUGGACUGA